GAAACUUAAACUAGUUGAAUUUGCUUUAAGGAACCAUACCAACAGAAAACGGGUCAAAUUAACUAAAGAUAAAUCCGGUUUAAUUUGUUAAACUGGCUUUCCGGAGCUGCAGGGUAUAAAUAAAGCCCUCCAUAUAAUCCUCCCUGUAGUAAACAGUGGAGAGGCGUUCAGGCUCCGGACAUCCCGCCUGUUCAGAACAAUCAUCUCCUCCACAUUCGCGCUUGUGUGUCAGCUGGGCGGGCUCCAGCUCCGCCAUUGGCCCGACGCGGUUCCCUUUCCUCCCCGGCUUCCGCUUUCUUUUCAUACGCACGCCCAGCCACUGAAUAAUGAUAAUAAUGAUCAAGAUGGCUACUACAGAAUCCUCCUUGCGGUAGCUUACCUCCAAUUUCAUGGAAGCACUUAAAACUGCUAUUUCUCACUGUUUAAGUCCCUCGCAGGUGGCGGGGCUGUGCCGGGGACUCUACUAUAUGGAUUAAAACGGGCCAAGAGGAGAUAAAAGUCAUUGUGUUGCCUGGAGCCUCAUUCUGAGGAAGCUAUAGCACAGCAGCAACCAGCUAGCUCUACUUGUCCACCAUCUCCAGGUUCCCAGCCAGCGGCGGCUCAGAGCUGCUGCUGCCCGUUUUGUGUGGCCGGUCGUCGGACGGAGAGUCAGAUGGCAGAGCCGAGGAAAGUGCCGUUCGUCACCAUCUCGUCCUUCAACACCUCGCCGCCGAGCCAGGAGUCCGGCAAGAAGCGCCGCCGCGAAGAUGAGGCCGUCGACAUCACUUUUGGGAAAGAUGGAGGUGGAAGUGCCGCGGCGGUCGGGUCAGGAGGAGGUGGCGGAGCAGGAGGAGGAGGUCUGUUCGGUAACACGAAAGGAGGCGACGCCGAGACCGGGGAGGCGAAACCCACCGUCCGCCUCGACCUCCCGCUGUCCGAGCCCAGCGACAGAGGCUCCUCGGAGUUCAACUACGGCGAGCUGGUCAACUCAACUCUUACUCAGGUAAAGCAUACAGUUUCAACAGUCCCCAAAGGACUGGCUCCUCCCCUGGACCCCAGCGACCCCUUUGCUGAUGACGACCGGGAGAGACGGGAGGUAGAAGAGCUGGCCAAGAAAUUUGAGAGCAAAUACGGUGGAGUCCCAAAGAAGAAGAAAAAGGACAGGAUGCAGGAUCUGAUUGACAUCGGUUACGGUUAUGAUGAGACGGAUCCUUUCAUAGACAAUUCAGAGGCUUACGACGAGCUCGUGCCGGCCUCUCUCACCACUAAACAUGGAGGCUUCUACAUCAACACAGGGACGCUGCAGUUCAGAGCGGCGUCCGACUCGGAGGGAGAAAACGCAGGCACGGAGGAUAACCGCUUCAAGAAAAUGAAAGAUGGCGAGGAGCGGGUGAUAAAGAAACGUCGGAAAAAGCAAGACGGUGGAAUUCUGGAGGAAAAGAAACCCAGAAAGAACAAAGUACCAAAGCAAGGAGUUUCAGCCCUGAAUGUUCACCGGCCAGAGAAGAAGAAGAGGAAGAAGCUGAUGAAGGACUCUCUGCACCUGGCCAACAUGCUGCGUCGCUUCACCAGGGAGAAGGAGGAGAUGCGCAAGAAGAACAUGGCCGCCGCCGGUCUGCCGCGUCCCGUCGCCAAAGUGCCCCACGCCAACAGCGCUCUCAUCAACAGCCAGGCCAAGGCUGCCGGCAGCAACGACUGCAACAUAACAGACCUGUCCACGGACCCGGCCGUCAUGUCGCUGCUGGGCUCGGCCAACAACGACAUACUGCAGGACAUGAUGGGAGACCUGGACUUUGGGAUGCUGGACUCUCCUCAGCCCUCCAGCCCCCUGCAGGGAGAGAACGGCUCCUAUGGGAUGGGGCAGAAAGCAGGUGGCAGCAGGGGGUCUCAGGGUAAUGUGAUGGCCCCCCCUCCUCUGCCCAGCGGACUCCCAGCUCCGCUCACAAAGCGCAUAGAAGACCUGAGAGCGGCGUCCCGUCUGUUCGAUGCAGAGGGCAGGAAGAAGUUCUUCACACUGGACAUGAACAACAUCCUGCUGGAUAUUGAGCUGCAGGUUCAGGAGCAGCCUGCAGAGGUGCGUUCAGUCGUCUACUCCCACCUGGAGGUCUUCGUGCCCUGCAAUAAAGAAGCUCUGCUCAAACGCCUUAAGAAGCUCAGCCUCAACAUCCAGGAUGACCGUCUCCGUACGCCCCUGCUGAAGCUGAAGCUGGCAGUGUGCAGUGUGAUGCCGGAGCAGAUUGCUCGAUACAACAUGGACUGCAUCGCUAAAGUGGCAAAGCAGCAGUCUGGGGAGGGAGAGAAGAACGGCUCAGAGGACGACGACGAAGAGAAACCAGGGAAGAGGGUGAUGGGCCCUCGGAAGAAGUUUGUCUGGGACGACAAACUCAGGUUAUUGCUGUGUAACCUGGUGCGGGUGAAGCUUGGCUGCUACGAGCUGGAGGCCAAGAACUCUCUGUCUCUGGAGGACUACCUCAAAGCCUUCAUGGAGACUGAAGUCAAGCCUCUGUGGCCUAAAGGCUGGAUGCAGGCCAGGAUGCUGUUUAAAGAGAGCGCCAUGGCUCACGGUCACCUCACAGGCUACACAGCAAAGAAAAGGAUUGUCACAACUCCCAAGGCCAAGCCAAAGGAGGCUGCGUGGGUGCAGCGGUCCACACCUUCAGCAGGUGCCACCCCCUCCCCUGCAGCCCAGGUUGCCAAGCGACCACCCCAGUCACCGUCUGAGCCCAUAUGUCUGGAUUCUCUGGACGAGGACCCCUCCUUGGACUCCAUCUCUCAGGCCCUGGCCAUCCUCGGCAACGCGGCCAAGGGCCUGGCCCACGGGGACAGCCCUCCGUCCCCCGACGGACCCAAGACCACCACCAAGCUCCCCUCGCUCCACGCCUCGCCCCUCCUCCAGCAGCAGAAAAAGAACUCUGUCAGCACUCCCAGCUCCAAUGCACCUCACUACAUCUCUACCUCUUCGUCUUCCUCCACCUCUCUGUCUCGGCCUCUCUCCAUCACAUCCGCUCCUCUGCCCUCAGUGAGGGUGGAUGGGAUGGGGGUAGUAAAGGGCACGGUGCAGGCCCACAGACACUCAGUGCUGACCCCUCAGAGGACUUUGGCUGUGGGUGUGGCUAAAGCCAACAUGCCUGCCUCAGCGGCGUCACCUAAACCACGCCCACCACCCACCGCGUCUCCGCUUGUGGCCCCAGGAUCAAAGACGGGGGUCUCCACUCCCACUUCGAGCCUUCUCAAAGGCAGCAAUAAUAAAGCCAACAGUGGUGACACAAUCAUCAUCACAUCGCCUCGGCCGCACGCUCUCAUAGCCUCCUCACACAUGGUCCCCAAAACCUUCCAGUCGCCUCACCUGUCCCAAAGCCCCCAGAGUAAAUCGUCCCCCUCCCUCUCUCAGACUCUCUCUGGAGCUCCGCCUCAGCCACAGUCUAACUUCAUCACCCCUAUGCACGCCACUCUCACCAAGUCCACCCACAGCAGCAUCCCACCCAUCGUUAAACUCACCCCCCGCACCCUCAAUCCUGCUGCAACCACUACCACCUCAGCCUCACAAAGCCCCAGGUCUCAGGCAAACCCCCCCAUACACCAGUACUCUGCCAAAAGCCCGGCAGGGUUCCGCCCGCCGUUCUCAGGUGCUCAAGGAGGAGCGACGAAGCCAGGGCAAGGCAGCUACACCUCUCCAGGCAGCCAGAAGACCCCCAACAACAACAGCACCACCAACGCCAGCCUUAUUAACACCAUAUCCAUAAGCAAGCAUUCAGGAUCCAGUGCCUCCCCCACAAUAGUCUCUGCCAACGCAGGCCAGCGUCAGAGGACGGGGGGCGGGACACCUCAGGGGGCCAAGCCAGUCGCGUCUGUCCUAUCCUCAUCUGUCUCUUCUCAGUUGCCACAGGUCUCUACAGCAGGUAGCAGCAGUCUGCUGGGCUCAGCCUCGUCUCUUCCCCUGGGCUUCGGGAUGCUCGGGGGCCUGGUGCCCGUAUCCCUGCCCUUCCAGUUCCCCUCGCUGUUAAACCUGCCUCCUCUGGGUACAGCAGGCUCCAGCACAGCAGCCAGCGGCGCCGCAGCCAGUAGCAAUGCAUCGUUCUCCACCCUGACGCAGAAUCUGUAUAAGAGUCUCCAGUCAGGGUCUCAGGUUGCUCUGCCUCCUCACUUGCAGCUCGCUUUCUCAGAUGUGAGUCAAAGCCAGGGCGGAGAUGCAAAGAGGAAGACUCUAUGAUACCGCUGGAUCUCAACGACCAGGGGACGCUGUCUAAUGAAACGACAAUAUGUUGGGACAAAUCAGGACUUGUGGAGACACAUGGACAGACCACUCAUAAUAGGGGUCUGAAAUGAGGACUGGUUCCACUUGACAUACUUGAUCCGAGAAGAUCUGCUCAACUUUUCAUGAAUACCACAGUUAAAUAUAACUUUUUAAAAACGAUUUGAUAAACUUUUAAAUACUAUUCAUUGAAUUGUUAAUUGAAAUGACAAAUACAGUUUGUCAAUGUUUACAACAUAGACCUAUAUCACUGUGGACAGGGAGAAGGAAUGAAUGGGAUUUUUCGAUGUGUGUGUGCGUGUCUGAGUGUGUUUGGUACGUGGGAUUGAGAGUGUGCCUUUUGUAUGUCUCCCUCUCUGAUGCAUGGUCAGUGUGUCUAUUUGGUGCUGUUUCUAUCAUAAUGUAAUUAUCACUGAUACCUGUAAGAAAUGUAAACUGCAAAUAGAAUUUGAGCUUUUUUUUUUCCAAUGGAAGCUGUACACUUUUUCAUUGUACUUGAAUUCUUGAAAGAAUUCGUUUCUGUAUAGAACUCGAACCAGCUUUUAAUUAAAAUCUUUCCUUUCACAA